CGAGCACCCGAGCCGUGGAGAAACAACAGACGGCGGCAUCAUAGAAACACUCUGUGAGCGAGGUAUUAGAUCGAUCGAUGUCGAUGGCGCCGAAGCGGAAGCUUAGCAUGGGGCGGCAGAAGAUCGAGAUCCGGCGGAUCGAGAGCGAGGAGGCGCGGCAGGUGUGCUUCUCCAAGCGCCGGGCGGGGCUGUUCAAGAAGGUGAGCGAGCUGGCCGUGCUAUGCGGCGCCGAGGUGGCCGCCGUCGUCUUCUCCCCGGCCGGCAAGGCCUUCUCCUUCGGCCACCCCUCCGUCGAGGCCAUCCUCGACCGCUUCAUCCCCUCCGCGGCGCAGCUCGGUGUGGCGGGGGCCGGCGCGGGUCUGGGCGCCGCCGGCGACCGCAACCUGGCGGAGCUGAACCGGCAGUACGGCCAGCUGCGCGAGCAGCUGGAGGCGGAGAAGGCGCGGAAGGAGCGCGCGGAGGAGGCCAUGGCGACGGAGCGCGCCAAGGGGAGCCCGGCGGCGGCAUGGCUCGACGCCGACUUGCGCGACCUGGGGGAGGAGGAGCUCAUGGCCUUCGCCGCCGCGCUGGCGGACGUGCAGGCCGCCGUCUCCGAGCGCGCCAACCAGGUGCUCCAGGAGGCGCUGGACGUCGGCCGCGCCAGGAGCGCCAGCCGCAUGCUCCUGGCGCCCCCGCCGCAGCAGCAGCUCGCGGGCGGCGGUGGCUUUGAGUUCGCUAGCUGCGGCGCGAACUCCAGGAAUGAGAUGGAGAUGCAGCAGAUGUUGAUGGCCAUGCCGCCACCGCCGGAGUUCGCCGCCACCGGAAUGGAGAUGGUGCAACAGGGGAUCGGGCAGAACGCCGGCUUCCCCUACUGAGAAUAAAAUGAGAUCCACACCGAGUCCGAGAGUACAUCAUUCCUGCAUGCAUCGACGUCGUCACAACUCGGCCAGAAAGAGAUUGAUGGAUCAAGUCUUUUGAUCCAGAAGCGAGCGACUAGCGGACAGUCGAUUUUACAAAUUUGUUUAUGCACAUAUAUAAUAAAUAAAUAAAUAAAAUGUCCACUCUGGGUCAGAAGUUCAUUUACCCUAAAAAUUUGUAGUGUGUGCUUUCAAAGCUCACAAAUAAAUUUUUUUUUUGAGGGA